AUGUCGCAAUCGCAUUCACUCCCUGCAAAGCCCUUGCCUCUGAAGGUUGACUCCAAGAAUGGAGGUGACAGACCAAACUAUAUUAUUUUCAUGCCUGACCAGUUGAGAUACGACUCUCUCGGCUGUACAACAGGUCCCGAAUAUGGUAUCAAAACACCAAACAUUGAUGCUUUCGCUGCUAGAGGAAGCCUGUUCACCAAUUGCUUCACGCAAGCUUCGGUGUGUUCUCAAUCGCGAUGCAGUAUGUUCACUGGAACCUACCCGCACGUCAGUGGACAUCGAAGUCUUGAGAACUUGAUUAAGCCAUGGGAACCAAACAUUUUCCGGAGUCUCAAAGAAUCAGGCUACCACGUCGCGUGUCUAGCACCGCGUGGGGAUACAUUUGCGCCCACUGUCACAGAACUCAGCGUUACGGAGUAUGGAUUUCUCGAAACACCAGAGUACGUGCCAGCUUUCGCCAAGGGUCAACGCGAAGUUGAUAAUAGCAUUUGGGGCCGUUUAUUCUAUAGUGGACUACGAGAUGCGGACAAGGCCUUGGAUUAUGAUGAAGCCGUCAUCCGAUCAGCUUUGAUGUGGCUAGGUUGUCCACCAAAAGACAAGCCUUGGGUGCUCUUUAUGCCUCUGAUCUUCCCCCACUGUCCCUUCCAGGUUGAGGAACCGUAUUUUUCCAUGUACGACCGAUCUAGUCUUUCCAGCAUUGAGGCGACACCAGAGAAGAAAACUGGCUAUGAGCCUCGAUACAUGAAGUCUAUCAGAGAAAAGUACGGCACAGACCGUGCAACCGAUGAGAUUUGGAAAGAGAUCAAGGCAACUUAUUAUGGCAUGAUCUCAAGAUUGGACGAUCAGUUUGGCCGAGUCUUGAAGCGAGUGGAUGAACUUGGUAUUUGGAAGGAUACGGUCACCAUGUUCUUCACAGAUCAUGGUGAAUACCUGGGCGACCAUGGACUCAUUGAGAAGUGGCCCUCAGGUCUAUCUGAGACUCUGGUUCAUGAGCCUCUUAUCAUUGGUGGUGCGGGGCUACCAGAAGGGAAGAAAGUCGAUGCUAUGACCGAGAUGGUAGAUCUGGUUCCAACAUUACUCGAAACAUCAGGAAUUGAAGAGUCAUUUGCCCACAACGGACUGUCGUGGGUCCCUCUCCUCUGCGGUAACGCCACAACUCACAAGCAAUAUGCCUUCUCCGAAGGUGGAUUCCUCACUUCCGAAGAGCCUAUUCUAGAGCAAGCACCAUACCCUUAUGAUCUCAAGGCAGGACUACAACACGAGGAUACCACUCUGGUCGGCAAGGUCAUCUCACUACGAGACAAGACUUGGACAUACGUAUACAGGCUAUACGAGCCAUCUGAGUUAUAUCACCGCCAUGACGAUCCCCACGAGUUACAUAACUUGGCUCGAGACCCAGCUCAUAAGGAAUUGGCCGACAAGUUCGAGAAGGCUACAUUGAAGUGGCUACUGGAAGGGGCUGAUGUAAUGCCGUGGACAAAAGACCCACGGUUUCCGGAAGUAAAGCUGAAAAGUCCGCGUGAACAGAUGGAGGAGAGAUUGAGACAUGUUUCGAAUGAGUAA